AUGGAAAAGAGUCAGGAAGGCACAAACAAAGACGAGGAAUUGGAAGAGUCCAUCUUUGCGAAUGGCUUUUUGACACUUCAACUUGAAGGCUCCUCGGACGGUGAAGAGUCAACAGAAGAAACCCAUAAUCACUCGGACAAGCCAUCUGCUCACCCAAGAAAAAAGCCCGCUGGCAAAGGGAAGAAAGGCAAGAAGGGAAAGAAACCAAAACCGAAAACCAAGCCAUUGGUCAAGGAACCAGAUCUGGCCGAAGUCCCACUGGAAAGCUACCGCAUUAUCGAAGAUGAUGAUGGAAUAAUUACCGAUUACCUCAUGGCUGUGUACUCACUGGUAACUCAGUGGAUUGAGUUUCGUCAGUACCUGGCAAGAACUUGGCGGCAGACCUGCUAUGAAGGUUUGAAUACGGCGGUUGCCGGAACGCUUUCCAACACCUGUAUUGCUUGGAUUUAA